CUGAGCGCAGUGCAAAUGCUAGUUGACUACCUCACAGGGUUGUUGUAAAGAUCAAAUAAUAACGACGGAUUAAAGCGCUCGGGAAAUCUUAAAGCGCUCUUAUCAAGCUGAGAAGCCUUCAAUAAGGGCCUGGGGACAGGACCCGUCUGCUUUCUAGCCUGGCUAGGGAGGUGUAGAGAGGCUCAUUGCUUGGAAGAUGACCGGUAGCUGGUGAAUUCUCUAGCCAUGACAACCUAGAAAGCGACGGAAGACAAUAAAAGGAACCAAAAAAAGCUAGCGAGAUGGUUUGGGGUAGCUCUCGGGGAGAAGGAAGCACGAGCUCUUUUCGUUUUGCCUGAAGCAGAGUGGAACCAAGAGCCUCGCGGACCGAGUUCCCCGGAGGGCGCUUCUACCCGACGGAACGCUAAGCUUUCCCUCGCGCCCUCCCCUCCGCCCCGCGGGGGUUGCCGUGGAAACGGAGGAGGGAGCGCGGAUGCGGAGAGUGGCCGGAGCGGGGCCUUUGCUGCUUCUCCACCGAGUGGACUCGAUUCAGUCGCCAAGAUGAUGCUUUCAAGAGCCAAACCUGCUGUAGGUGGAGACCUACAGCAAAUUGACAAGCGGAAGAAGAAAGGAAGAAAGAUUCCAAAACUAGAAGAGCUGCUAUCACAAAGAGAUUUCACAGGAGCCAUUACCCUGCUGGAGUUCAAACGUCAUGUGGGAGAGCAAGAUGAGGAUGCUGAUCUCUGGAUUGGAUAUUGUGCUUUUCAUCUGGGCGACUACAAGAGAGCUUUGGAGGAAUAUGAAUCUGUGACAAAGGAGGAGGGUUGUAAUCCUGAAGUUUGGGUGAACUUGGCCUGUACCUACUUCUUUCUUGGGAUGUAUAAACAAGCAGAAACAGCAGGCUUUAAAGCUCCUAAAAGCCGACUCCAAAAUCGUCUUCUCUUCCACUUGGCUCACAAGUUCAACGAUGAGAAGAAAUUGAUGAAUUUUCACCAGAAUCUUCAGGAUAUUACGGAAGAUCAGCUCAGUUUGGCAUCGAUUCACUAUAUGCGAUCUCACUACCAAGAAGCUAUUGAUAUCUACAAGCGAAUACUUCUGGAUAACCGGGAAUAUCUUGCUCUCAAUGUUUAUGUGGCUCUUUGUUACUAUAAAUUGGAUUAUUACGAUGUGUCUCAAGAAGUGCUGGCUGUUUACCUUCAGCAAAUUCCUGAUAGCACCAUUGCUCUCAACCUCAAGGCCUGUAACCAUUUCCGUCUUUACAACGGCAAAGCAGCUGAGGCAGAACUUAAGAGCCUGAUGGACAAUGCCUCUUCAUCUUUUGAAUUUGCUAAGGAACUUAUCAAGCACAAUCUGGUUGUUUUCCGAGGUGGUGAAGGUGCUUUGCAGGUUUUGCCUCCCCUGGUUGAUGUUAUUCCUGAAGCUAGAUUAAACUUAGUGAUUUACUAUCUUCGUCAGGAUGAUGUACAAGAGGCUUAUAACUUAAUUAAAGAUCUAGAACCUACAACUCCUCAGGAAUACAUCCUCAAGGGGGUGGUUAAUGCAGCUCUUGGACAAGAAAUGGGUUUGAGGGAUCAUCUGAAAAUUGCCCAGCAGUUCUUCCAGUUGGUGGGUGGAUCAGCUAGUGAAUGUGAUACGAUACCAGGGAGACAAUGUAUGGCCUCCUGCUUCUUCUUGCUUCGACAAUUUGAUGAUGUCUUGAUCUACCUCAAUUCUGUCAAGAGUUAUUUCUACAAUGAUGACACCUUUAAUUUUAAUUACGCACAAGCCAAAGCUGCCACAGGAAACACCAGUGAGGGUGAAGAGGUGUUUCUUUUGAUCCAGAGUGAGAAGAUGAAAAACGACUACAUUUACCUCAGUUGGUUAGCACGAUGCUACAUUAUGAAUAAGAAACCAAGAUUAGCCUGGGAGCUCUAUCUGAAGAUGGAAACAUCGGGGGAGUCCUUUAGUCUUUUACAACUCAUUGCUAAUGACUGCUAUAAGAUGGGCCAAUUUUACUAUUCAGCCAAAGCCUUUGAUGUCCUGGAAAGACUGGAUCCCAACCCUGAAUACUGGGAAGGCAAGAGGGGUGCCUGUGUGGGCAUUUUCCAAAUGAUAUUAGCUGGCAGAGAACCCAAAGAGACCCUUCGAGAAGUGUUGCAUCUCCUGAGAAGCACUGGUAACACCCAGGUGGAGUACAUAAUUCGCAUCAUGAAGAAGUGGGCCAAAGAAAAUAGAGUUCCUGUCUGAGAUGGCAUCAUCAUGUCAUCACGAUCCUCGUGGUCAAGUUCAAGGGAACCAGAUAUCUCCUUGGGAGAAACAAAGAAGUUUAGUUUGGAUGUGGAGGGCAGAAUGGAUGCACUUUUAUGGAUAUUUUCUUCCUGCGUUCAUCUGUCCUGAAUAUCAAUGACCCCCAUAUUUAGGCUGAGCUUUCUGACUGAGCAGAGAGCCAUAGUGUACAUUAUGGCCCCUGUGUAAUCAUAAUAGCAAUAAUACCGUCAACUUUAUUGGUGCCUUUCAAAGAACUCAAAUCACUUUGUGUAACAUAAACUAAUUUUAAAGAGAAAGUAUGGGCUACUUUCUAUCUCUACCACUGUAGAGUUCCAUGGUACUGUCUCCUUACUGCAAUAACUUCUGGCUUCUAGGUCAUUGAUGCUCAAGCGUGACUUUCACUCGAUCAUCUGAUCUUAUGGCCACUCACAUUUUAUUGUCUACUUGAUUUUGCAUAGAAAGCUUUAUAAAAGAAACAUCCCUGGCAUCUAGAAGAGCAGUGCCUACAAGUGACUACAUUAAGUUCUGAAUGACAAUGGGCUCCUUCAUCGAGCCCAAAAUGAUAAAUAACUUAGUUCUGUAUAAAUCACUCUUCGAAGAGAUUGAAUUUCUAGUGGCUAUGUGUAACAGAAGAGAAAGAUCAAUAUUGUAUUUUUAAAGAAGUAUGCACUUCUAGGCAACUCUGAGUGCAGUACCUCUCAAAAUAUUCAGGAAACAAAAUGUACACAUUUUCUUACUACCCCCAUGUAGUUUAAACAACAAAGAUGCCUUCAUAUCAAGUCUUUAUACUCUUUCAUAGCCAUCCCAUUGAACUAACAUCACUUCAUAAAAGUGAUGUUUAUAUCUAUAAAAGUUUGAUUAUUGUAGUAAUUUGAUACAAGUCACACAUUGCUGAUUGUAUAGACCUCUCUCUAGGGAGGAUAUCCUAAUGGAUGAAUUCUGGAGGUGUAGUCAGUGUUUUAGGACUUCUCAUGCCUCAUAUUCCUGAGCCAACACAGAGCUGCAACAGCAUGAGACAGUCCCUAGGUUCAUACCCCAGAGCCCAAACCCAAAGGAAAUGAGUAGGAUAAAGCCGAGAAGGCAGGACUGGAAGGGAGGUCUUAAUUAGCUCUUUGUAACAGCCAGAAUAGAGAAAGGUAUCUAUCCAGCCCCCUCCAUGGUGGGGGGGGGGGAGUAGGAAGGAAGGACCCACUCUCAAACCCCCAUCUUCCCGCCGUGGCUCCAGUGGGGAUGGGAACAUGCUAGCAGUGAGAACUCCCUGCUGCCAGGGAGACAGGUAAGAAGAGCACUCACUUCAGACUUCUACCCCCGGGAGGCAUACAGCUCUCUAUAGGGUUUGCAUUCAGUUUCUUUUAGUUUUAAUAUCAUUGUGGCUCUUGCUAUGUUGAGUCAAUUCUGAUUACCCAUGAAAAGAAAUGGGCUCUUUUAAUUCAACUUAAAGAAUCAAGCCACGAUGUCAUUUAUUAAGGCACCUUUUCUCCUCCACCGUACUGUGUCUAAAUUUUGAAAACUAAUAACCAGCUCUCACCAUUCAAGGCACUAUCCAGAGCAUAUCUGGAAAGAACUUGAAUGUAAUUUUUAGUUACUUUUCUAAUCCUUACCUCACUUGAAUAUUAGAAAACACUUAAGACUAUGUGAAACAGAUCAAAGUGCAAUCCUUUUUAAUAGCUGCUGGAAAUGAGCUUUGUCUUCCAGUCAAUGACUGAUUGCUUAAAAUGUCCUGGGUGUAGUUCAUGCUAGAGUGGCCCAUCUAUUGAUGGCAAACCCACAUCAAAUUAGAUAUAAGGGAUUAGUUCAGACUGUCUUUUUUGACCUUUUUAUUGUCUUUUUUUCAGGGACACAUGCCAAAAAAAAAAAAAAAGAGGUUCCAAACUUUUAAAAAACAUUUUAAAAGAAAUAUUGAGGCUUAAAAAUGUUAGGACUAAUUCAAAGUGAGAUUUACAUAAGUGGAACCAUUCAGUUUUGUUAUUAUUAAGGAUAAUAACUUGUGAAAUGGUUUGAAAAAUUCUAGAAAAAGGACUGUAGCAAAUUGGGCAGCCAUUGUUAACUAUCUGCGAUCAUAUGAGGGAUAGAAGAAAAUGUUGUUGCUCAGGCUCAGGAAUAUAGUAUACUACUUACAGUGUAUAGAAUCAGAAUAUAUUAUAUAUAUAUCUGUGUGUAUAUAUAUAUAUAUCAGUGUACAGGUAUUAUAGCAUACUCAAAAAAGGAAAAUAAAUCUUUUAACAAUUAUUUUUGUACUUUAAAGAGAUUAUUGCAUCCCUCUGUAAUAUGUCUUAAUUA